CUAAAUGCACCUGUUCUCAAGAUUUUAUAGACUAUGCCUGUACAAAUCAGAUUGAACACAAAUACAUUAUUGUUACUUCUUCUAUGCUGGACACUGCCUGAUCUUUUUCCCUGUGCAGCUAACACAGCAACUAAACCUCGCACAACCUUUUUCAAAGGAGUCUUUAAUACUUCAGAUUUAACUAACAUCUCAUAAAAGCAACCACACUGUCUUACAACCCACAACACAGGACAAAGCAACAAAUAUUUCUGUAGCAGCUCUCACCCACAGAGCAUUCCCAUGCUGGUCUGCACUACGACGACCUGGCUUUGCAGGACUCUUUUGCCCUGGCUAGUUAAGCAAGGAGGCAUGCAAAGCUGGAGCUCCUGCAUGUCCUUAGAUAAAUGCCUUUUUUGUUGCCUAUGGACAUCCUAGGAUGUCACUCUAAGAAGCAUCUCAGGAUGGCACUUGGAAAGUGGGCUAAGGGAAGGGAUCGAUCCUGUGAGUUCUUGAGUGUAGUGAGAAAGGCACCAAACGUUUUCAGUGGGGCAGCACAGAAAGGUUACCCACUCUCCAGUAAGCUGUUCCCUUGUUGCCUGGACACCUGCAGAACUACAGCCACAGAAGCAAGCCAUCCCUGCCCGCAGUCCUGCCCUACUUCUCCCUCUUCUCCUCCUUCUCCUUCUCCUCCUCCUCCUCCCCCUGCAGCCCUCCAGCUGUGGGGCGGCAGGGCCACACCAGCCUGACCGCAGGAAGCCCUGGCCACAGCCAGCUGUGGGUCUACCCAACCACAGGGACAAGCUAACUAAAAAGUUUCGAUCACAAAGCACAAAACCUUUCAAAGGACAUUUCUUGCAGUGCCUCUCAAUUCAGCGUGAUCUGCAACAGCUAAUCCCGCUUAAAUCAACUGGACGUUUGCCACUACCUUCAGCGGGAUAAGGUCUUAAGGGCACGCACUUAAUGCAUCAGCAAUUUGCUCGAACAGGAGCUGCGUCUGCUUAUGUAAGCUCAUUACCGAGCCCCAGACCCGACCUUCGUGGUGGUCAAAGCCCCGCGCCUCUCACACGCAGCUCCUACGGGCUUUUAAGGCCUGUAUCUGAGGGCUCUAAUUGCCAGCAGGCACAUUGAUCCUGGGGGAUUUCCGAGCUACUGUGUCUGCCCCGGGCAUGAUCAGAGGGCUGAUUUUUUUGUUGCUGUUCUUGUUUUUUGAUGAGUUUCCAAUCGCUUCAAGAGUGCUGUGCACUUUAAAGCCGGAGGCCUGACAAUGGUAACGCUUCCUGCGCACCAAACACCGGUGAAGCAUGGGGGCCGCUGGGAUGUCGCAGUCAAAGCACAGCUGGGUGUGAUCAGCUGCCCUAAAUACUGGCUACUGGUGGUUUUAGAUGAGAUUUUAGGACACUGGACGCCCCGUGCCAUUUGUUUCUCCACAGGCUUCAGCCCCAAGGUCUCGGCUAAACGUCCAGGCGGGCACUUGCAGGCGAGGCUUACACAAGUCAGACGGCCUUGCCUUCCUUGGCCUCACUGGAGCACGUUGCUGCCACCCGCAGAGACCAACCUCUGCCUCUGAGCUGACUGCACUUCACCCACAGAAAAUAUGCUGAAAAGCCUGGAAACACCUCAAUGCAAUUUGGAAUGAAGACGUAAACCACACAUUAUUUUAACUAAUUAACUGUAGGAGAAGAAAAUCAAGUGAAACUAAGCAUUUCCGUGACAGUGAGCAAUCUGCUGAAAACAUACUACCUUGGUCAACGCUAUUAAAACAGAAAUUGUGAAGAAGAAGUUUAUUUUUUCAUUUUCAUAUUGGUUCUCUGCCAAAGAAAUUCAGGAUGCAAAUCCUGAAUUCUGUUCUUGCUAUGAGCUGGACAGCUCUAAACAUGAUUUUUCUGCCUUGUACAUACAUUACCCCACAGCUACUUGCUGCCUGCAGCUCCUCCAAAGCAGUUUGUCACUGACAGUUACAGAAGACCAGCUUGGACAGACCACAUCCUCAUCCAAAAUUGACGUGUCGUUGCCAACAAACUUUAAUUUCUCUGUCUUCCCAUCCACAGUAAUUGGAAAAAGAAUUUCUAAAGAUAAGACAUCAACUGGCAGGAGGAGAAUAAAAUGAAUGUAUAGUAUUAAAUGAGACAACUGAGGUUUGGAUUUUCUCUCAUUUCUAUCUCUUUUGUCAGUAGAUCUUUUGUUUGCAGACACAGACAAGGGUUAUACUAUGUCAAGCACUCGGAUAAGCAGCUGUCAAAUAUCAUCUAAGCACUACCAAAAACACAAAUAGAUCUGCUCUGAAUAGCCUUAUAUUUUGGGGAAGCUAAGUUCUUUAGCCUUGAACUCUGCAGUGCAGUUUACUUCUGCUCUUUGUUUCACUAGAGAAGUAAUAGGCCCGUGUGGACGUUACAGGGCACAGUGCCUCAGAGCUGUUGUAUUUCAGCUGAGAAACACCACCACAUCCUACAUGCAUUACAGUUAUUCAACGUCUCAGGAUGAUUUUCACAAACAUUGGAUACCAAAACAUGGCCCAGUCAGCGGACGCAAUGUCACUGCAGAUGGUGUCAGCUGUCAGUAAUUCCUCCUUGCUUCAGCCAGGCUGUUCGCUGCUGAAUUUUGAUGGGCAUGUCUUCUUUUUUGGGCAGAAAGGGUGGCCGAAGAGAUCCUGCCCCACUGGUGUUUUCUUUCUUGAUAUAAAGCAGAAUGAGCUCAAAAUGAAACCUGUCUUCUUCUCUAAGGAUUCCUGUUAUCUUCCCCCUCUCCGCUACCCCGCAAUUUGCACGUUUAGAGGCAAUGAGGAGUCCGAUAAGCACCAGUAUAUCAUUCAUGGUGGGAAAACGCCUAACAAUGAUCUUUCUGACAAGAUCUACAUUAUGAGUCUAGUAAGCAAAACUAGCAAGAAAACCACUUUUCAGUGUGUUGAGAAAGAUCUGGGUGGAGAUGUCCCUGAAGCUAGAUAUGGACAUACAAUUAACGUAGUUCAUAGCCGGGGAAAAAGCAUGAGCGUUAUAUUUGGAGGUAGAUCAUAUAUUCCUCUUGCACAGAGAACCACUGAAAAAUGGAACAGUGUGGUUGACUGUUUGCCAUCUGUGUUUCUUGUUGAUUUUGAGUUUGGAUGCUGUACAUCAUACAUACUUCCAGAGCUUCAAGAUGGACUUUCUUUCCAUGUUUCAGUUGCCAGGAAUGACACAAUCUACAUUUUGGGAGGCCAUUCACUUCAAAAUAACACCCGGUCCCCCAGUUUAUACAAGCUAAAAGUUGACCUCCCCCUAGGCAGCCCAGCUCUGACCUGCAGUGUCUUGCCAGGGGGAAUAUCCGUGUCAAGUGCUAUUGUGACUCAGACCAGUGAUACCGAAUUUGUCCUUGUUGGGGGCUACCAGUCUGACAGCCAGAAACGGUUGGUCUGCAACACCAUAGUUUUGGAAGAUGAUAAGAUAGAGAUUGUUGAAAGGGCAAGCCCGGACUGGACACCAGAUAUUAAACACUGCAGGAUGUGGUUUGGCUGUGAUAUGGGCAAAGGGUCUGUGUUGCUGGGCAUUCCAGGGGCCAACAAACAGUUAAUCUCAGAUGCAAACUACUUCUACAUUUUGAGAUGCAAAGGAGCAGAAGAGGACGAGGAGGAAGAACUGACAGCACAAAUUUGCAGUCAGGCAUCUACCGAAGACCAAGGAGACUCCACUCCGUUUGAAGAUUCAGAAGAGUUUUGUUUUAGUGCAGAAGCCAGUAGCUUUGAUGUUGAUGAUAUUGACACUUACAAUGAAGAUGAUGAAGAAGAUGAAUCAGAAACAGGUUACUGGAUCACCUGCUGUGCCAGCUGCAAUAUUGAUAUUAACACUUGGGUGCCUUUCUAUUCAACAGAACUCAAUAAGCCUGCAAUGAUCCUGUGUUCCCAUGGGGCUGGCCAUUGGGUCCAUGCACAAUGUAUGGAUCUGUCAGAGAGCAUGCUCCUACAUCUCUCAGAAGCAAAUAUCAAGUAUUUCUGCAAUGAACAUGUUGAUCUUAAUAAAGGGCUACAAACUCCCAAAAAGGCGAUGCAUCUGAAAAAGCAACCCAUGAAACCACUGCGCAAAAAGAAAACCAUGAAUUUAACAACACCAGUGAAAAAGUCCUUUCUUCGGAGAUUAUUUGAAUAGAUUUACACCACUGAUUUGUAUUCAACUGGGAGUCAAAGACAUGGAUCUUUUAUUUAAUUGAUUAUAAUUAUCAAUUAAAAUAAUCAAUUAUCAUUGCAAUUUAAUUUCAAAGCUCAUUAAUUUAUUUUGUUUCUUAUGUAUAUUUUUGCAAUAUCCAGGCAGGAAAUUCAUUACAGAGGGCAUUGUGCAAACAUACAGCCAGAUAGUGUUAACUUUGUUCUGUAUUUUAUACUACAACCAAAUCCACAGUUACCCCACUGAAUUUAGUAGAACUGCUUGUAGGAUAAGACCUUAUCCCAUGUACUCAGUAGUGUUAGCAUCUGUCCAUAAUAAAUAAAUAAAUAAAUAAA